AUGCGCGCUCUUGGUUUGAUCACGUUCUUGGCUCUGGCUUCUUCUCUUUGCGCGCUCCCGCGGCACUUCAUCCAGGACCUUCCCAAGCGCGCGGCGGGUUCUGAUCUCGAGUUCUCCGGUAACGGAGCAGACGAACCGGUCAGGGGAUCAGUACGAGUGGUUAAAGUGAGUCCACACUUUCUGCGUCAUUCCCCGGGUCUGCUCGGGAAACCCACCCUGAAGCGGACCCCGUUUCCAGCCUUCCUGAACCUGGGUCGCCCCGAACCUUCUGUACACGCGCGCGCACCUGCAGCGUCACUCUCUCACCUGAGCGCAGGCUACACCGGCGUCGACGUCAGGAAGAGACAAGGUCUGGAGAUGUGGCAGAGGGUGAUGCAAAAAAGCGAGCCGAGAAAAGAGAUCCUGUCGCUGCCAUUUAACUCCAAAGAUGCGGAAACGCAGAGCUGUGCGGCGCUGCCUUUCACCCAGCGGAUAACGGAGGAGGGCUGUGAGUCUAUCACCGUUCCCAAUAAGCUGUGUUUCGGUCAGUGCAGCUCCAUGUUUGUGCCUAACGGAGGAUCCAACCUGCGCCGCGGAGGUCCGUCCUGCUCGCGCUGUGGGCCGUCCAGAGCGCGCACCGUGCACGUGCCCAUGCGCUGCGGGUCGCAGGUCCGAGAAAAGCGCGUGAUGCUGGUGGAGGAGUGCAAGUGUGAAACCGGAAGAGAGGAAGAGAAAUCUGAUAACUUGGCCAUGCAUUUAUAA